AUGGCUUCGCAACAAAAAACUGGCUCUGCCAAAAAGCCAUGGAUCAUGAACGCUUUCGCCAUGACUGCGCCAGGCCAUCUAGCACCCGGCCUCUGGAGACAUCCUUCCCAGGAAAAACAAACACUAGACCAUUGGGUAAAGCUAGCGAAAUUCCUAGACCAAAGCGGCUUCCACGGUAUCUUCUUCGCCGACGUCCUAGGCAUCUACGACGUCUACAAAGGCAACGGCCCAGCCCUUAGCAGCGGCGCUCAAAUCCCCAUUUUACAGAUCGACUUACUGAUCUCUGCACUGGCGUACGCGACUAAGAAUCUAUCAUUCGGUAUCACAGCUUCCACCACCUAUGAAAACCCUUACGCUUUGGCGAGAAAGUUUUCGACGCUUGAUCAGAUCACUGGAGGGAGAGUGGGUUGGAAUAUCGUGACUAGUUAUUUGGAGAGUGCUGCAAAGUCGUAUGGUUUGGAGCAGAAUAUCGAGCAUGAUGAACGCUACAGGAUUGCUGACGAGUUCAUGGAUGUCUUCUAUAAGCUGUUGGAGGGAAGUUGGCAGGACUCCGCUGUGGAAGCGGAUAAGUCUACUGGCGUCUGGACAAACCCUGACAAAGUCAAAAAGAUCAAUCACGAAGGCAAAUACUUCAAAUCGGCAGGACCCAAUCUGGUAGAUCCAUCGCCCCAACGCACACCCUUCCUCCUCCAAGCCGGUGCAUCGAAAGCAGGCAAAGACUUCGCCGCCAAACACGCAGAAGCAAUGUUCCUCCCCGGCUUAGUACCCGCAAAAACUGCAAAAGUGGUUCAAGAAACCAAAGCGCUACUCCGCCAAACCGGACGUCCCGAAGACAGUAUCAAAUUCAUCGCUGGCGUGUUCAUCUGUGUUGACGAAACAGACGAAAAGGCGCAAGCCAAGUUUGAAGAUCUACUGCAAUAUGCAGAUACUGAAGGCACGGCUGCACUUUUUGGAGGCUGGACUGGAACUGAUUUGUCAACCUUCACUGACGAUGAAGAUUUUGCCUUUAGCACGAAGGCUCCUGCUAUUCAGUCGAUGAUUGCUUCGUGGACCGAGACUGUUCCUGGUACCAAAGACCUCAAAUGGACCAAGAAGCACGUAUUGGAGCAUCUUGCCAUUUCUGGGGCUCAUCCAAGAGCCAUCGGAAGUCCGACGACUGUCGCAGAUAUCUUGGAGCGUUGGGUCAAGGAGGCUGGCGUGGAUGGCUUCAACAUCAGUUAUGCGACCACUCCAGGCACGUUUGAAGAUUUGGUAAAGUUUUUAUGGCCAGAGUUGAAGAAGAGGGGAGUGUUGCAAGAGAAGUAUGCAGGUUCUUCGAUGCGUGAGAACUAUCUGCAGGACGGAGGUGAUGCUCGGGCUAGAAAUUGGCAUCCUUCCAGACAGUACACUUGGAGUGGUUGA